UCGUAGUAUUAGAGCGUAGUAUACAUGUAGUAUAGCUCGUAAAGCAAGGGGAAUUGCGUUUGGUAGAAGGGAUAUCGAUUCGUGAGAAAGAAAAGGGCGCAACUUGUCUGCGUUAUCGAGUGAAGCUAAGGAAUUCGCGCGCCAUUUUGUUUGUUAUCGGUCGAUUCAUGCGUACGUGUACGCGCGAGUUCAGGAGAGAGGAAGAUAAGGCCGAGAGAGAGAGAGAGAGAGAGAGAGAGAGAGAGAGAGAGAGCGGACAAUGGAACCGCCCGAGCGCUCUAGCGGCCACUAACCGAACUAAUCAGUGCUGCCCGAGAGAUCGGCCGUGAAGUAAAAUCGCGUCCUCCGCUUUUGCUUUAACUCACACAAAACACCCGUAUAUUGUGUGAUAUAUCUCGACAUCCUUCAAACUUCAGCUUCGGUAAUUCGAGCUUGAGUCGAACAAAAUUUGAUAUAAAUUUUCUCACAAUCGUGACGAAACAGCGGUUUAUUUUACUCUACUACGGUGAAACCCGGUUUUUUACGAUUGUCCGCGCAGCAGUGAUUACGGAGCACGAGUUUUUGCUGUGUACAUAUACAAGGAGACGGUUGAGUUGAACUAUGCACAUAAAAAUGCGUACGAUAUAAAAUCUGCGGGGUUUUCAAUCUUCGAGAAUGUCAGUUGCGAUUUUUUUUUAAAAACGUGCAAUUGUUUGAACCAAAAAAAAAACGAAAUGGAAUAAAAAUGAGUGAGAUUUGAAUCGAUAGAAUUAUUUUCGAAGGUUUCGCGUGAUUUACGGUUUAACUGAGGUACGAAAAAGGUGCGUAAAACAUUGCGAGAUUUAAGAGCCCGCAGGAAGGAAGAAAGGGGCUUUUUUCUUCUUUUUUUUUUAUAUACACAUAGACGGGCGCGUCGGUUUUCUCUCGUUCGCGGCUCGAUCGUCCGCCGUACAGGCGGCGUUUAUACAUCGUACAUGAUACUUCGGUUCGUUCGGCUUUGCCAGCAGUCGACGUCGGGACACACGCUGUGGACGGUUGGGUGUAGGAGCGAGUUUUGAACAAAAAAUGUGUGAUUAGCUACGAAAGCGACAAACAAAGCGAAACACCUUCGUGCCGUUACUUUAGUUUAAACGGCCGGAUGAAACGCGGGGAGAGGGCGAAAUAGAAAAGCCCCAAAAAGCGCGAGUGCAAAAUGGCGCGGUGGACUCGUGCGUACGCGCUUCAAACUGAUUUAACUCGAUUACACAGGUGAUAAUUUGCUACAUGAUCGCAAUACUGUACCAUAAAAACACGUAAAGUUCAACAUAUCGUUUCGUACGGGCAAUCGCAGGUGGUUCUUUUUAAUAUAUUUAUUUUUAUUGUUGUUGUUCUUGUGUUAUGGUGCGUGUUACGCGUGGUUUUCUAUUCCGAUCGUGAACAUCGUAAAAAAUAAUAGAGAGAGAGAGAGAGAGAGGGGGGAGGAAAAAAUAAUAUUCGGACUUUCGAUACACAUAAUACGUGUGAGGGUGGAACAUUUUGGAACCUGGACAACCAUCGGGAAUAUAAGAGAUGAGGAGGAUUAGUGUUGGCGGCAUGAGCCGACCAUCGAAAGCCGUUACUCAGGUGAAGAAGGUGGCACCACCCGCAGUGCCCGAUGUAUUUCGUCACUCGGGCUCGUCUUUCGGAUCGGCCGGGUAUGCCAGCAGCGAGGACGGCGGUUUUCUAUCGAGCGGGGGUGGUAGCGCGAUCGGCGCUGGAUCCGCCGGUGACGAUGGAUCCUACGGCAUGCCUUCCGGCAAAAGUCCCGGCCCAAUAUUCACCCACCCGGGCUUCGCCUUUCCACCUGUUGUUGGAAAAUACGCGCAUGCCGAGGACCAAGGUAUCGACAUGACGCAGAGUCCCGGGCGCGACAGUCCCGGAAGUUCGGGUUCCGGAUCUGGCUCGAGACACUCGACGGCUUCCCUCGAUUCUGGGAGAGCUUCGGGCUACCAUUUGGGUGGGCCGCGAGGACCCGGAGCACUCGCUUCGUCGCCCAGAUGCUCGAUCAGCUCAUUGGGCAGCCAUCCGGACAGACCGGCGGAUCUCGAUGUCGUACACGCUUGGCUCACGGAAUUACAGUUCGACGAGUAUUUUCCACUUUUUGCUUCCGCCGGCUACGAUCUCGCUACCAUUACUCGCAUGACUCCUGAGGAUUUGACAGCAAUAGGAAUCAAAAAGCCCAAUCAUAGAAAGCGAUUGAAAGCGGAGAUCGACAAUUUAAACGUCGGGGAUGGAUUGCCCGAGCACGUGCCAGGCUCUCUCGAGGAGUGGCUAAGAUUAUUGAGACUGGAAGAAUAUCUCGGUGCUCUUCAUCAGCAAGGAAUGAGGUCGGUCGAAGAUGUGACGACGCUGACUUGGGAAGAUCUUGAGGACAUUGGUAUCGUUCGUCUCGGUCAUCAGAAGAAAUUGCUUCUCGCUAUUAAACGAGUUAAGGACAUAAGAGCUGGAAAAAGAAUUCAACCGUUGGAUCUUGCGCGACUUCCACCUCACCCUGGUCACACGCAGGAUGUUGUGAUUCAACGCGGCGGUCCGGACUUGCCGUCUCCGGAUGAAGAUUGUUCUUCUCCAGUUUUAAGGUCGUUUCAACGGGUCGGAAACGAGGCUACCUCAACAUGGAGAAGUAUGUACGCAGCUCUUCCAGGAGGUUUGGAAUACAGUACUAUAAAUCGAGGGAGCGCUGGUUCCCGAGGUAAAUCACUCGAGAGCCUCGAGGACGCUCCUCUCGUUUAUCCUCCCUCGCCGGCGCCGACGUCACACGCCGAUCCAAUCGGUUGGCGACCGAGGUGUUUCGAGGACGGUGAUUUGACGCCGACGAAUGAAGCAGCGACGAGUGUCGAUGCCGGGGGCGGAACUUUGCCGAGGCCGAGACAUUGCCUUGUUCGUCCACGGCCCGUUGCAAAGUGGUUCAAUCAGGUCACGGCGACACCAGGACAGUUCAAAUCAUUGCCACGUGACUUUGACAACAAGUAUCAGUUGACUUACGGCCUCGAGAGCAGUCCGCAUCUGUCAAAGAGGAGACCACCCUCCCCGCCGAGACGUCAGAGCUCGAGGGAACUCGUUGCCCCGGGUGCUAAUGUAAAUCCGAGCGGUGACGUUGUCAUUGACUGCAGCGGUCCCGUUCCAACUGCCACCUGCGAUGAUCAUCACAUACAUCAUCAUCUUCAUCAUCCUCCUCCACCGGCACCUGCCCCUGCGAUGCCAUCGACUCCGCAAAUGAAUCGACCACCCUCUUCGACGAUGUCUCGCUCGUGGGGAAGCGUCAGCGUCAAUGUUAACGAGGAACACGAACUUAUAGCUACGCUCGCCCUUCAACAUCGCAACGGUUCUGACGCCAGUUUCAAGUCAAGUUCGAGCACAGAGUCGGAUUCACUCCCGUUUGCAAAUGAAAAUGCAGGCACGAUCAAGCAACGAGCCGCCCGAGUACAAGAAUAUGCGGGCAGUCCGGGUGGGCUUGGUUCUCACGUGAUGGGUGGACAUCACAUGGGCGGUGGUCACAACAACGUAAAUAACGGGAAUAAUAACGGCGAAGGUGGGGGUGGUGAGCCAGCAGACGUCCUUAAUGAUAUUGGUAACAUGCUGGCUAAUUUGACAGACGAGCUUGACGCGAUGCUCGAAGAGGAGAAACGCCAAGGUCUAAAUUCAUAAUCUUCACUGCCAUUUUAUUAUUAUGAGAAUCCUCGAUGAAAUUAUUCUUCCUAGUUAUCUUCCUUUUCAUCGUUGAUUUUCGCGCCACAUUGCCAUAAUUUAAUAAUGAAGAAACGAACUGAAUAGAAAAAAACGAAUGAAAAUAACGAUAAAGGGAGUUUAUCCGCAUUCACGAUUGGACCGCUAAUCAAGAAUCAUGAGUUGAUAAACAUUCCGUCAUUUUGUGACUAUUAUCGUGCAUUAAUGGAUGAUGAAAAAACGAAAAAACAAUUACCCGGAAGAAAACCACCAAUCGAUCAAUUUUUGUCGUUCAUUACCUCCAAACAGAGUUCGUACAGUCAUUACCGUUUCUUCUUCUUCUUCUCUUAACAUUGGUGCACCAACUUUGCCGGAACCAAUUUUUUUUUUUCCUCAAAGUCUCAAAACAUACAAAUGAAAAAUGUGAAAAAGUUGUUAAGAGUUCGAACGUCCUUCCGACACUCGUCACGAAUAAUCGUAUAUAAUAUUUUAUUUAUAAUUAUCGUCGUUCAUACUUUGCAUUUUGUUCGCUGCUUCCCAUUUUAUUUGUUGUUAGUGAUUUUUUUUUUUUUUUUUUUUUUUUUUUUACCAGAUAAAAGACGGAAAUGACCGCGCGCGCGUGAUUCACGUUAGGAUCACGAAACUUUUUACACAGGGUCCGCUGCACAAACGAGAGGGUGUGUGUAGCUUUAGAAAGAAAAAAAAUGUUUUUUCACACGAUCCGAUAAACGUGUUGCUACAAUUUCUGCCCUAACGAAACGGCGAAGCUAUUUAUAGCCCUGCGAGAUGGGCUUUUUUCCAAGUCUUUUUGUAUUUCUCGAACGCAGAAGCACUGUUUGCGCAAUAAUAAAAACUAUCUUCUUUUUCUAUCGAGCUUAUUUUUCGACAUAUUUAUACGUCGAAUAUUCGUACGAUAAAGGGAUGUCUCGGUUCUCCGAUGUCGAAAAUUCCAUCGUUAAUCAACGGUCAAAAUUUAUCAUCACGAAAACUUGCGAUUAAAUAUUUUCUAAUACACCGAUUUUUUUAAAUUCAAAUAUUGCGAAAGAACAUUUUGUUGCUUGCAAACUUCUAUGGAUUUUCAAAAGCGGUAUUCUCGUUUAUCGUGUUAUAUCGAUAGUGUCGAUAGAGAAAGGCUAUUUCCCCGGUUUUUUGCCGAGCACAGAGACGAGACACUAAACAGACAUUCCAAUAAGCAACAAUUUAUGGAAAAAAUCCAUGUCAUAAUAUUUAGUAACGCGUUCCUUCUUCCACACGUGUCCUUCGUCUUAUUGAAGUCGUUAGAAAGACGGCGGAAUGCAAUAAAUUCCAGACACAAUUGUUCAACGCAGAAACAUAUUUCGAAAUGCCAAUUGCAGAGAUUUUUCGUACAAUAAGGAAUAUUUAUUGAUCACGCAUAGGCAAUUUUUACACACGAUUUAAUGAUCCCUUUGGUUUUUUUUUUAAAUAUAUAUAUCGAGGAGAAAGGAGAAAAGAGGAAUUUUGUAACGAUCCGGCGCGAGUUUUUUUACAGGGACUCGGUCGAUCAAAAUUCUUUUUUACGUUUAUAAAAGAAUUAAAGGACGAUAAAAAAAAAGUGAGGUUUUUUAGCUCCGCUCUUUAUACGUCACCGUUUCAUUACGAAGUUGUCGAUACGACCGCAAAAAAUUUUAACUUGCGGUAGAUGAGUCAUUCGAAGAUAACAAAUUGUCAUGAAAAAAUUUGAAAACUCCGAAGGAGAGAAUGUUUGUACAUGUCCCCGCCCCCUGCCUCAUAGAGGAGGAGAAACAAUAAAUGAAAUCGAUCGCGAAUCGCCCCGAGACGAAUAAUUGAAGAAAAGAAAACGACAACCCACUACUUAAAAGUGAAGAAAAAAAAAACGAUUAAAGAAAUCAACUUAACGUUUAAGAUUAAUCUAUUAAAGGAUGAGAAGAGAAAAGAAAGAAUAAUGAAAAAUUAAUGAAAAUACAAUUUGGCUCGAUUAUUUCGAAGUCAGCAGACUUGUCUUGUUAACUAUUGUAGGUGUAUAGUUAUAAAUAGAUGUCAUGAGACAGCAGUGAAUUUAGGAAGAGUGUCGAUACUUGUUUUUACUUUAUCGAUUUUCGUUUAUUUCUUUCAAUGACUCUACUAAUCGUAGUGUAACAAAUUUUCCAUUUGCACAUUGUACUUACAUAUUUUUUGAGCUCAUUUGCCCAUUUUCAUUCGGGCUUCCGUUCGGACCCAUUGAAAUUGUCAAAUACACGAAUGAUUAUAAUUUUUAAUGUAAUUUUAUUGAUCCGCGACGAAUCAAUACGAUUCAGCAGCUAAUAGACAUCGCCUGAAAUCAUUGCUUCUACAUGGUGUAUAAAUAUAUAUAUUUAUAUAUAUAAAUAUAUAUAUGUAUACAUAUUAUACUGAUUAUAGUUUUUGUACAAAGGUAUUUUCUCCUCUCCCCUCUUCCAGCGGCGAUCUCGCCUAUCGAGUAUCAAAAUACUCGCAUAAAUUGUAUUGUAUACCGCCAUCCAUCGAUUCUCCCCCAUCCUUUCCUUCAUGUUGGUUUUAAUAUGCAUUAUAUUAUAUUAUUUGGUUUAACGAUUGUAAAAGAAUAUUAUUACGAUCUUGGAAUAAAGCCGAUUGAUGCAGAUA